ACUAUAACAAAAAAUUCAAGAAAAGUUGUAUUCCAUACUCUUAAUCAAAGCAUGUAGCAUUCCAGUCAUCACUCUCUCUCUCCUCUCCCUCUCUCUAGAAAUUAAGCAAAGAAAAAGAGAAAAGGUUAGCCGAAAAAGCUAACCAAAGCUAUCUCUAGCUAUAGCACACAGUAAAUCCAAAGAUCUUGAAUAAUUUUUCUCCCCAUUCCUACACUCUUCUUCAAUUUUUCCUCUAUGUCUGAUGAUCAAAACAAGUAUCCUUAUCAACCCUACAAUUGUUUUCAUCAUGAUCUGAAUAUGGUAUCAGGGUUUAUGGGAUCAAACCCUGUUGGAUUUGAUCCUUCUCAUAUGAGCUUCACUGACUGCUUGCACGAAGCAGUGCAUUACAACACUCUAUCAAGUGCCUUUGACAUUUCUUGUUCAUCAUCUCAUGCUGUUAAUUAUCCUGCAAAUGAUACUUGUAAUCCAAAAAAAGAUAUCAGUGUUGGAGCGCCAUCUGCUGCAGGAGGGAAUAAUGAAAAUCCAUUGACGCCGAAUUCUACCGAGUUUUCGUCUUCUUCUGCGGUUGGAGGUGAAGAGGAAUCCUCAAAAAGCAAGGAAGAUCUGCAGAAAAAAGUGUUUGAAGAUGAAGAGGAAAAGUCUAAAAAAGCGAACAAACCAAAACAGAAAGGGGAGAAAAAGAAACGAGAACCGCGUUUUGCCUUCAUGACAAAGAGUGAAAUCGAUAAUCUUGAAGAUGGUUAUAGGUGGAGGAAAUAUGGCCAGAAAGCAGUGAAAAAUAGCCCUUUUCCAAGGAGUUAUUAUAGAUGCACUACUCAGAAGUGCUCUGUGAAGAAAAGAAUUGAAAGAUCAUUUCAAGAUCCGUCUGUGGUGAUCACCACCUAUGAAGGCCAGCACAACCACCACAGUCCCGCCAUGCUUCGUGGCCAGGCCACCGCCAUGUUGGCAUCUUCGCUGCAGCCCACAAUCCCAAGUUUUCCGCAGGACUACAUCCUUUCUCAAAUGCUUCCAACAAGUAACCAAAACCCCCCAAAUUCCAUGUAUUAUAAUAACCUUAAUCCUCAGCAGCAACUUCAACUUCCUGAAUAUAAUUUUAUGCCUGACAUGUUUCCCUCAUUUGUUCACAAAGAGGAGCCAUGAAUUCUCUUUCUCUCGGUGUAUUGUGUAUUAUGUGUAUCUAGGCUUGCACGAUGAAUUGUUAGACUGAUUUAAAGAAGUAUGGAUCACUGCGUAGAGCAUUGAAUGCAAUUAUCUUCUUCUUGAUGUCAAUGAGAGAACUACUUUCACAUUUAAAGAAAUUAUGAAAAACAGUUUAUUAAUUUUUGAA